ACACAUUGACAUAUGUUGACACUUGACAUAUUAUUAUUUAUAAUAAUAAAAAAUAUAUUUUAUAAACAAACGAGUUAAUUACAGUUAAUUAUUAAAAUGAAAGAUAGUUCAUUUUAUGAAAAUAAAAUAAUUCUAGCACCAAUGGUUAGGAUUGGAACCUUGCCAAUGCGAUUACUUGCCCUGGACUAUGGUGCUGACAUUGUUUACACUGAAGAAUUAAUUGAUUUUAAAUUAUUACGUUCUGUUCGUCAAGAAAAUGAUAUCCUUGGUACAAUUGAUUAUGUUGAUAAAACAGAUGGUACAAUAAUAUUUCGUACAUCACCACGUGAAAAAUCAAAAGUUGUACUUCAACUUGGUACAAGUGAUCCAUCAAGAGCUCUAGAAGUUGGUAAAUUAAUUGAAAAUGAUGUUGCAGCAAUUGAUAUUAAUAUGGGUUGUCCAAAAAAAUUUUCACUUCUUGGUGGUAUGGGUGCUGCAUUGUUAAAAAAUUCAGAACGUGCACAAGAAAUAUUAAAAAUACUUGUUGAUAAUUUGAGUAUACCAGUAACAUGUAAAAUUCGAGUAUUUAAUGAUAUUGAAAAAACAUAUGAGCUUGUUGAUAAACUUGUGUCAACUGGUAUAUCAGCAAUUGGAAUACAUGGAAGAACACCUGAUGAAAGACCACAGCAUAAUAAUCGUAAUGAAUAUUUAAAAAAAAUAGCUGAAAGAAUAAAUAUUCCUGUUAUUGCUAAUGGUGGAUCAAAGGAUAUUGAAAAAUAUAAUGACAUUGGUAAAUUUAAAAAAUCAACUGGUUGUACAAGUGUUAUGAUUGCUAGAGCUGCACAAUGGAAUUGUUCAAUAUUUAGAAAACAAGGACUAUUACCAAUUGAUGAUAUUGUUAGGGCAUAUUUAAAAUAUUCUGUUGAUUAUAAUAAUCCACCAGCAAAUACAAAAUAUUGUGUACAAAAUAUCAUACGAGAAUUACAAGAAACACCAAUGGGAAAAGUUUUUUUAGCUGCACAAACACUUGAACAAAUAUGUGAUGUUUGGGAUCUUGCUGAUUAUUGUCGUGAAAAAACAUUAGAAUAUCAAAAAGCUGGUUUACAAGGUCGUUUUCAAGUAAUACCAAUAUCGAGAAAAGAAAAUAAUGAAAAUAAUGGCAAAAGAAAAUUUGAUGAUGAUGAUGAUAUUGUUGAAUUAAAAUGUGCAUUUAUGAGAAAUGCAUAUACAACUGAUGGUGAUUUACCAAAAACAAAAUUAUUAAAUUGGCUUAGAGAUAAAAAAAAUUUAAAAGCACCACUUUAUAAAACUUGGUGUGAAGAUAAAUUAUUUAGAUCAAUUGUUACAGUUGAAGGACGUAAAUAUAGCUCGACAUUUUGGGAAAAAAGUAAAAAAUGGGCAGAACAAGGAGCUGCAAUUGUUUGUCUCUAUUCAUUUGGUCUUAUAACUGAUGAAACACUUGUUAAAACUGGCAGUAUACUAGGAUAAAUUAUAAUUAUUCAAUUUUAAUUUUUUUUUUUUAUUCUUGUAUAUAUGUUGUAUAUAAUAAAAGAAAUAUUUUUUAAAAUUUAUUUUUUAUGCUUUUUUUUCUAUGUAGAAAUGUUCAAUAUAUUUUAACAAUCUUCACAGACCCUGCUGUAAGGAACAACAUAUUAAAAUAAAUUAUUGAAUUAAUAAAAAAAAAAAAAAUUGAAAUAUAUAUUUACUUCUUUUGUUAAAAAAAAUUCAUUUAAUAAAAAUAUAAAAUAAUAUAUUUUUAAAAUUAAAAA